UAAACAGAAAAUGGAAACAAUUGAAAAGAAGGAAAAAAAUCCUUAUACCUCUCCUCCACACCACCAUCAUCACCACUAAAGAAAAAAGAAGAAAGAAAAUGGUGGAAAGGGAAAACAACUAAAAAAGCAGAGCCUUUGAGAAAAAAAUAGAUAGAGCGAACGAGAAAAACAAAGACUACGUACGUACCAUUUUUCUUAUGAGUGCAUCUCUCCCUCCUCAUCUUCCUCUGCUCCAUCAAUUUCUCCACUCCCCCUCCAUCCAUUACCUACAACCUGCCAAAUGAUUUGCUGCUAACACUAACCCUAGCUUUCUUGAAUCCCCAAAAUAUAAGAGAGACUCAAUUCCUUCCUUGCAAACCUUCCCCUCUCUCUCCCCAUUCUUUCCCUCCACCACCAUUAUCAUUGCCCCCACAGAUGAAGCAAAUGUCCCAUCUUGAUCAUACCCCUUCAACCCCUGGGAAAUUCAAGAUGGACAAAUCCGCUUACCCUUACCAUGGCGGCAGGUUGAGGUGGCACUCUUCUUUGGCAAAGCUCACAUUUUGGUCCUUCGUAUUCAUUGGCAUUAUCUUCAUCUUCUUUUAUCGAUCCCCUUCUUCUGUAUCUUCUUCAUCGUCUUCCUCCUCUGCCACCACCACUACUUCCUCCUCCAGCCGCUUCCAUUCUGAUCCGUCACGCCGCUCACUUCGCACCUCAUCUUGGGGCGGACCCGCCUGGGAGAAGAAAGUCCAAACCUCCGCUCGCAUUCGAUCCCGCAAUGGCUUCUCCGUCCUUGUUACCGGUGCUGCCGGGUUUGUUGGGACCCACGUCUCGGCAGCCUUGAAGCGCCGUGGGGAUGGCGUUCUAGGUCUCGAUAAUUUCAACGACUACUAUGAUCCAACUCUCAAGCGGGCUAGGCAAGAGCUUCUAGAACGUUCUGGGGUGUUCAUCGUGGAAGGAGAUAUCAACGACGCCGCAUUGUUGAAGAAGUUGUUCCAAGUUGUGCCAUUCACCCAUGUUAUGCAUUUGGCCGCCCAGGCUGGGGUUAGGUACGCAAUGCAGAACCCUAGCUCUUAUGUACACAGCAACGUUGCUGGAUUUGUUAGCUUGUUGGAGGUUUGCAAAGAGGCCACCUCACAACCUGCCAUUGUGUGGGCGUCUUCUAGUUCUGUCUACGGCCUUAAUACAAAAGUUCCCUUUUCCGAGAAAGACAAAACUGACCAACCUGCUAGCUUGUAUGCUGCUACCAAAAAGGCUGGGGAGGAAAUUGCUCAUACAUAUAAUCAUAUCUACGGCCUAUCCCUUACUGGGUUGAGGUUCUUUACCGUGUAUGGGCCAUGGGGGCGGCCUGAUAUGGCGUAUUUCUUCUUUACCAAGGAUAUCUUGAAUGGGAAGAGCAUACCUAUUUUUGAAGGUGAGAAUCAUGGGACCGUUGCUCGGGACUUUACUUACAUUGAUGAUAUUGUUAAGGGGUGCUUAGGUGCUUUGGAUACUGCACAAAAGAGUACAGGUAGUGGAGGAAAGAAGAAGGGCCCUGCCCAAUUAAGAGUUUUCAACUUGGGGAACACUUCCCCUGUUCCUGUUACCAAUUUGGUCACCAUUCUUGAAAGGAUUUUGAAGGUGAAGGCCAAGAGGAAUGUUAUGAAGUUGCCUAGGAAUGGGGAUGUCCAGUUUACACAUGCUAAUAUUAGUUUGGCUCACAGGGAGCUUGGUUAUAAGCCCACCACUGAUCUACAGGCAGGGUUGAAGAAAUUUGUUCGAUGGUACCUCAAUUACUAUUCUCCUGCAGGAAAGAAGGCUGAUGCACGAUGACUUCAACUAUUUUUUUCUUUCUUUUCUUUCGAGAUGUGUUGUCGGGUACUAAAUAGAAUUUCUUGCUCAUUAUCAUUCUUCGGAUUGUUUUCCUAAACACAUUUCUUAUCCGCUUCAUUGCACCAAUUCUAUUGUCUCUUCCACAUGUAUCUAAUUGUUGAUAUAUGAGGGAGGGAUACUUCUGAUGUGAUCAAAUGGUUAAAGAAAGAUCUGUGCAAAUUGGCGGAUAUUGUUUCGUGGGCACUCAUGAGCUGUGUAUAGAAAACAAACCCCGAAUCGUCAUUUUUUUCUUUCUUUUUGAUUAUUUUGGACUUGUAAUUAUUGUAGUUUUUGGCAUUUUAGAAUUGAUUUUGUAGAGUACAUGGUGAUCGGUGGUACAUGUAUCAUUUGUGGGCAAGUUCAAUAAAAAUAGCACAUGAUG